ACGAGGAAGAAGAAGAAGACGUCGACGACGAAGACGACGAUAUCGACGACGAAGAGGAGGAAGACGACGACGAUAUCGUUGAAGAAGAGGAAGAGGACGAAGAACUAGCCACAGAGGAUUCUGAGGAAGCUGUUGAAGGUAAUCACACAAACGCUUUCGAUUGUCGUCAAAGCUGUGUUGUUGGUAGUAGCCACCUGAGGAGCGCAAAGAAGAGUAAUAAGAAGUGUCGACAACGUCAAGUGCAAUUCCUACAGAAUCAAACUAGUAGCAAUAGUAAGCGCAGUAGGAAGAGGCGCGGCGGCAGGAUUGAGAAGAACGUAGGCAACAACAGCGGAAGUUUAAGCAACAAGAAUAUUGGUAUUAUUGAGUCUGCUGCAACAAACGCAGUUACGACGACAGGCUACAAUAAGGCCCCGAAUCUGGGGGCACGACAGACGCGUAGCAGCGGUGGCAGCACAGAUUUUGUUGCUGGCGGUUUAACAGGCGCAGCCACAAUUGCGGGCGGCAACAGAGGUGGCGCGUCCAUCUCAGGUGUAGCAGGAGCUGCAACAUUUGGACAACAGCCACAAUCUCAACCACAGUCACAGCCACAAGCUCAGUAUCAGCACGCAUUGCCACAACAUUCACAGUUGUCACACCAGCUAAUAACACACUACAACCAACAGGGGCAGACACAGGUGGCGCCACAAAUUUUAUUGGCACAUCAACAGGUGCCGCCACAAUCGCAUUAUUUACACGUACCAGUCGCAGCUGGCGGUGCCCAUCACUAUUUUAACGCACAGGCGAAUUAUCAGUCGCCCCUGCAAGCACAACAUCAUAAUUUACACCAACCUCAUCAGCAACAUCAUCAUCAUCAGCAUCAGCAACAACAAACGCGCUCUUCACAACAACAACAACAGCACCAAAACCAGCAGGUACAAGUGCAACUGCAAUCGCAGGUGCAACAGCAACAACAACCUGUUCAUUUCUAUCACGCGACCUACCCCAACAACAGUGCAGUAGCAGCAACAACGGCCGCUGCAGCUGCAGUUGCUGCUUCAACAUCAGCUAUAUUAAACUUGAAUCUUAAUCACUAUCAAUCAACAGGACCUGUCGCUGGUGCAGCGCCCAUAAGUUCAGCACCGCUUAUCUACCAGCAGCAACAGCAAGCACCGCCACCACCACCACCACUGCCGCAACCUUUGCAGCAGCACCAACAAAGUCCACAACAAUCGCUGCAUACACAACUCGGUGGGCGCUAUAGCCAUUCGAAUCCCCAUUUGCACCAGUCACAGCAGCCACCACUCGUACCAGCACUACCGUUGCCGCUCGGCCACAUACAGACGGAGGCACCACAGCCUUUACAUCGCAUUCCACAUUCAGUGACCCAGCCGCCGCCUGCAGCUACAGCGACUGCGCGUCAUCACCAAGUACUUCCGGCCACUAUUGAUAUUGGAUUAGGCGCCGGAUUGGUUGUUGAUCGUUCGACUGCUACCACAGCCUCUUUUACACCGCAUUUAAACGCUCAAGUAGCGCCACCACCGCACAGUUACGGCAGCAAUCGUACGGCGAUCGUUGCAGGUGUGGGUGGAGGAGGAUCCAACACAUCGGGAGGAGCAGGUUCAGCGUCGGCAGCGCCACCGUCACAUUCUUCACAUUCGCUGAGGCGCAGUUCACGAAGCAAAACGGGUUCUUGCGUCAGUUCGGCAGCGCAACACGGCAGUGGCAGCGGGAGUGGAAGCGCAAGUGGCAAUGGGGCGGGUAACAGCGGCCUCGGCGUACACAAUGCUGCAGUUGUAUCAGCACCAACACUAUUAGCAACAACGAGUGGUGGCGGCGGUGUCGGUGCCAUACCGUUGACAGCUGCCUCUGCCAUUGGAAACCACCAACAAUACAAUCUUCACCAUCAACCACACUCACUUGCCCCUACGCAUCCUCAUCAUCACCACCAUCAUCAUCAUAACCAAAUGCAACAGCAAACACUGCUGCAGCAGCAACAACAACACCAUCAUCACAUGCUCCAUCAGUCGGUUGCUGCGCCGGGUGGUGCGGUCGUUGUUGCCAUAGGCACAACACAACAAAAUCAAAACGCAUCAUUAAUGCAACAACAACAACAGCAUCUGCAACAGCAACAGGCGCAUCAUCGUGCUACUAUCAUGCAGCCUGGCUUCCUCUAUAACUAUCGCACCACUGCUACCAAUACGCAUACGAACGCCAUGCCAUCGAGUCACUUCGUUGGUGCGUCGUCUGCGAGUGCUGCCGCCAUCGCCACCGCUAAUGCCAACUCUACCACCGCUGCUGCCAACACCGCCACCGCUAGCGUCGCCACUGUCGCAACGAAUAGUAGCCACAUAAAUUUGAAUGCGCAUAAUAAAGCGAGCGCCUCCGCGGAUGCGUUAAGCUUUAGUUUAAUGGCACAACAACCGUCUAGUGGACCGCCGAACACUGGUGGACAAUCGACCACAGCUAACCUCAGCGUUUCCACCGCCUUGGGCGCCGCCAACUCAAAUUUAGCGAAUAACGCAAGUGCGGGAGCUGGUACGGGUGCCGGUGUGGGCACCGCUUCCGCCACCGCGACGGCCACGAAUACUGGAGCGGGCGCCACCCCUGCCGCCACCUCGCACGCCGACUCGGAGAGCGAUGACAGCGAAGUGGGGCGUCUGCAGGCGUUACUGGAAGCGCGCGGCUUACCGCCGCACCUCUUUGGCGCACUGGGACCACGUAUGACACACAUUCUGCAUCGCACCAUCGGUAAUAGCAGCUCAUCGAAGGCACAGCAAUUACUACAAGGCUUACAAUCGCAUGAUGAGAGUCAACAGCUUCAAGCGGCUAUCGAAAUGUGCCAAAUGCUAGUAAUGGGCAAUGAGGACACUUUAGCUGGUUUCCCAAUCAAGCAGGUAGUGCCGGCACUGAUUACGCUACUGCGUAUGGAAAAUAAUUUCGAUAUAAUGAAUAAUGCUUGUCGUGCACUUGCCUAUAUGUUGGAAGCGCUGCCCCGGUCUUCGGGCACUGUCGUGGAAGCGGUGCCGGUAUUUCUAGAAAAGUUGCAAGCCAUUCAAUGCAUGGAUGUAGCUGAGCAGAGUUUAACUGCUCUCGAAAUAUUGUCGCGUCGCCACAACAAAGCCAUACUGCAAGCCAAUGGCGUAUCGGCGUGUUUGACUUUUCUUGAUUUCUUCUCAAUCAAUGCUCAGCGAGCGGCGCUUGCCAUUACUGCAAACUGUUGUUUAAAUCUGCAUCCGGAGGAAUUUCAUUUCGUGGCUGAAAGUUUACCGCUUUUGGCCCGUCUACUGUCGCAACAGGACAAAAAAUGUGUGGAAAGCGUUUGCUCGGCAUUUUGCCGAUUGGUGGAGAGCUUCCAACAUGACCCGAAACGUUUGCAAGAGAUCGCUAGCAAAGAGUUACUUAAAAAUUGUCAGCAAUUGUUGGUUGUUACACCGACCAUACUUAAUAGCGGCACUUUUACAUCCGUCGUGCGCAUGCUGAGUCUAAUGUGCGGUAACUGCCCCGACCUAGCCAUUUCAUUGUUGAAGAAUGACAUUGCAUCAACUCUGCUUUACUUGCUAACCGGUAAUGCAGAACCGAACACAUCGACCGCAUCGCAUGUAGAGCUAAUUACACGCUCUCCAUCUGAGCUGUACGAAAUCACAUGUUUAAUUGGUGAACUAAUGCCACGUUUGCCGACAGAUGGCAUAUUCACGGUGGACGGACUGCUGGAUCGGCCCACACUGAACACUCAGGAUCAAGUUCAAUGGCAGUGGCGCGACGAUCGCGGCACUUGGCAUAACUAUUCAACGAUAGAUUCGCGCAUGAUUGAGGCGGCACAUCUAAAUUCUGAUGACGAGUUCAGCUUAAGCACAUUGGGUCGCACAUACACCGUCGACUUUCACUCCAUGCAGCAGAUAAACGAGGACACCGGCACUACGCGACCAGUGCAGCGCAAAAUAAAUCCAAACUAUUUGCCACCGUUACCACCUCCGACGGCAGCUGCGUCAUCAGUAACAACUUGUCAGGAUUUGUCUGCAUCUGCGGUGGCCACAGCAAUUACAGCAUUAACUAAUACAGUGUCGAAUACAGCGACAAAUACAUCAGCUCAAUCCAGCACACCUAGCACUGCACCGAAUACGCCUGCCACUAGCAGUUCACAGCAACGUCGUCGCGCUUCGGUAGAUGCACGAAUUGCUUGUCUGAAGGAGGAACGCGGUUUGGCUGCAGAAUUCAUUAAGAACCUGUUUAAUGUACUUUACGAAGUUUAUAGUUCGUCUGCCGGACCAAAUGUGCGCUACAAAUGUUUGCGCGCACUGUUACGAAUGGUCUACUACGCUACACCCGAACUUUUGCGUGAUGUGCUUAAAAACCAGCUGGUCUCCAGUCACAUAGCUGGGAUGAUGGGUAGUAACGAUUUGCGCAUUGUAGUCGGCGCACUACAAAUGGCCGAGAUACUAAUGCAAAAACUGCCAGACGUGUUCGGCACACAUUUCCGUCGCGAAGGUGUUAUAUAUCAGAUCACUCAGCUUACCGAUCCCAACAAUCCGAUUUGUGCCAAUCCUUCACCGAAGUCAUUACCCGGAGCAAGUGGUUCACAGAGUGCUCCUCCAUCUGCUUCCGGUUUGCAAGUGAAUCCGUUCUUUAUGGACAAUGCAGCCUCGGCAGGUGGAUCAACCACAGCUGGCAUUUCAACACCUAAUACGUCGAAACCGGGUGCUAAUCAAACGCAUCACCAUCAGUAUACAGUCAAGAGCUUUUCACAUGCAAUGAAUGCCUUAACUGCCAACGCUUCGGGUGCGUCUGGUAAUGGUCAAAAGGUGACGCUGGCUAUGCCACCCAGCACUGGUUCAUUGUUAAUGCCACAAAUGCCUGCUGGCGGUGUGCAAUCACGUCAGCAAUCCGCUGGCUCCCUAGCGCUAACCAUAAACUCUAACGCUGGUAUUACACCGCCAGUGACGGUCAUAGGUGCUGCUGGCACGGCUGCCGAAUUACAUUAUCACUACAGCAGCUCUGCGCCGCCAGCGGCAGGUCCACCCUCUCACGCACAUCUGGCACAGACACCAAAUUUCUUUGUUUAUUCAACAAGUGCGGCUCCUCCUUUGCCGCCUGGCGAUCCACGGCAAUAUGUGCACGGACAUUUUCAUCAUCCACCGCCGCACUUCCAGCCACAUGCACCACCACCACCCACACAUCAUGUUGAACUGCUGCCUUCGUCAUCUAGUGCAUCGCUCGGUGUCAACCCAACAACAAUUAUAGCGCAUCCGCCUCCUCAGCAGCAUUUGCCGCAAGUGGUGUUCGCACCCUCAACAAACGUAUGUGAUCCACACUAUCAUAGCAACAGCGGCGUAGCAGCCACAUGUGCAGGCUCCUCCUCUGCGUCUUCUUCGUCCGCUUCAGCGUUGCAACACAAAAUGUCCGAUAUGUUGAAACGCAAGGUCCCACCGAAACGGAAAUCUCAAUCAAGCAGCCGCUCAAAGUCACGCCAAGACGAGGGCGGAAGCUCAUCUACAUCAUCAAUGCACGAUUUGCUAAGUCGCGCCACAAGCCUUGGGAGCAGCACCGGACGCAGCACACCGAAUGCCAGUGGCGGCAAGUCGCGUUUCAGCGGUGGUGCAGCCAGUAGUGCAGGCACUAGCAGUAGCGGCAGCAGCUCGAUGAAGACUUCUUUCCUCGCUUCGUUAAAUCCCGCACGUUGGGGACGCCAAGGAUCUCAUCACAGUUCAUUUACCAAAGAUACGACCAGUACGAAUCACGCAGGCAGCGGCAACAGCAAUACUGGUAGCAGCGCAGUCAACGCUGCUCAUUCUGCAAGCCACCCAUCAAGCAAUGCUGCGAAUAGCAUCAGCAAGAGCAUAUCUAAUGCCAACCUCAUCGCCGCCGGCAAUCGUGAAAAGGCGCGUCAAUGGGUACGUGAACAAGCCAUUACGUUUGUAAAACGUUAUGCCGAGCAAGAGAACGCCAAGGCCGAGGGUGUCGCCGGUGGCAGUGGUAGUUCAGCGAAUGCCAUAAGCGGUGGCACGAACGUACUACAACGUUUAUCUGCUAUUAUCUUCAAGCUCAAUGGUAGCUUCCAAGACUGUUUAGAUGCGCUUCUUGAACUCAAAACGAUUUUAUUGGAAAGUGAUAUCUCACCGUUUGAAGUGAAUCACUCGGGUCUAAUCAAGGCGAUGUUGAAUUUCAUGACAACAGAAGAUGGCAUAGUGGCUCGCGAUAACCGUUUACGUUCGUUUAUGCAUGUAUUCGCGGGAUUACCACUGGAACCAUUGAAAAAGGUGGGACAUUUGCCAAACAUAGACGCCGUCGCAUUCAAUGCAUUCGUGGCGAAAUUAAACGGUUGCGUCACGCAGCUAGAACAAUUCCCGGUUAAGGUGCACGACUUUCCCUCCGGGCCGGGUGGACGCUCUAACACCAGCGCGCUUAAAUUCUUUAAUACACAUCAGCUAAAGUGCAACUUACAACGUCACCCCGAAUGCACCAAUCUCCGACAAUGGAAAGGUGGCACCGUUAAAAUUGAUCCUCUCGCUAUGGUACAAGCGAUCGAGCGUUAUUUGGUUGUGCGUGGCUAUGGCGGUAUACGCGGCGAUUCCGACGAUGACUCCGAGGAGGAUAUGGAUGACAAUGUAGCCGCUGUCGUGAUGUCACAAAGUGGAUUUAAACAUAAAUUACAAUUCUUAAUUGGUGAUCACGUCUUGCCCUACAACAUGACUGUUUACCAGGCCGUCAAGCAGUUUUCACCCUUGGUCAAUGAUCAAUCCGAAACUGAUACGGACACCGAAACGCCAUUGGGUAAUGCCAGUGUGUGGGUACAGCAGCACACGAUUUACUAUCGACCUGUGGAGGAAGAAGCGAACGCCAGUAGUGCUGGUACAACCGCAAAUGCAAGUAGUCUUAGUAUUAGUAAACAUACUUCUGCAUCCUCUUCAACCGCUGCCGGCGCUUCUGGUUCGGGUCUGCAUACACCUACAGGUGGCACAUCAUCGACGGGCACAUCCACAUCAACGAAAAAGAGUAGUAAAUCUUCGUCCAAGUUGUUGCGGAAGAAAACCGAAUUAUGGCAUGAGGGUAUUGCGCCCGCCACUGUGUCCGCGCUGAAGGCAUUCCUCACAAGCACACUGCCGCCCGAUGUAGUAACCGUGCAAGAUGCUUCGCUAGAUGCGCUCUGUAUGCUGCGCAUCAUCAAUGCGCUUAAUCGACACUGGGAACAGCUUUACGGCUGCGUGCACAAACAACAUAUUAUCCCGCAAUCAGAAUUUGUGCAUCCGAAAAUUACGGCUAAGGCCAAUAGGCAAUUACAAGAUCCACUUGUUAUAAUGACUGGCAAUCUACCGCCAUGGUUGCCGCAAAUUGGCAUGGCAUGUUCGUUCCUCUUCCCCUUCGAGACACGCCAUCUGUUGUUCUAUGCGACAAGCUUUGAUCGUGAUCGUGCUUUGCAACGACUCUUGGAUACUACACCUGAUCUUAAUGCUGCUGAGUCAUCGGAGCGUGUAGCACCACGUUUGGACAGAAGGAAACGUGCCAUAUCGCGAGAAGACAUACUAAAACAAGCAGAGCACAUCAUUCAAGAUGUUGGUCACUCGAAGGCACUGCUGGAGAUACAAUACGAAAACGAGGUUGGCACUGGACUUGGACCGACAUUGGAAUUUUACGCUCUGGUGUCAGCUGAGUUACAGCGUUGUGAUCUAGGUCUGUGGAAUGGCAGUGAUAGUUACAAACAGAACUCUUCCACCAUAGUGGAUGUGGUAAAAUCUAGCACCAGUGUGCAUAUCGAUGAAGUGAGCGAAGUUUCAACCGUACAGCAAGACGAAGUCGUUGCUGUAACCUUGACAACAAAUACAGCAACCCAAGCGAAUAGCACAACAAUCACAUCUAGCAAAACCACUGUAACACGCUCGAGUAGUAGGAAUCACCGCAGUGCCGAUGGCCAACAUGGAAACAGCAGCAGUGGUAGUGGAAUGGGGAUGUCAACGCGUAGUCACCACCACCACCAACAGCAGCAACCGCAACAAUCCAAUAUGGAUCAUGCUGGCAGCGCAUCGAUGUCGAAUGAGAAUGCUUUGAAUAUGAUUAUUGAGCAACAAAUUGGUGGUGAUGAGUCACAACAACAACAACAACAACAUCAACAUAAUAUUUCACAAUCUGACGGUGGGGAUAGUUCACCACUCGACAUCGGUGAUAAUAAUACAAAUGUGGCGACAAUAACGACCAGCACAUCAGUGACUUACGUGAAUGCGCCACACGGACUCUUCCCAAUGCCAUUAGGCAAAUCAUCGAAGUUACCACAUGUUUCCAAAUCGAAGGCGAAAUUUAAAUUCCUUGGAAAGUUUAUGGCUAAAGCCGUAAUGGACAGCCGCAUGCUUGAUCUACCUUUCUCGAUACCAUUCUAUCGUUGGCUAUUGAAUGAAGAACACUCGGUUGGGCUCUCCGAGUUGGCAUGGGUUGCGCCCGAGGUACAAACCACAUUGGUGCGACUUCAAGAUGUGGUACAUGAGCGGGAACGCAUACUGGCCGAUCCCAAUCUUGAUGCAAUGGAAAAGACUGAAAAGAUUGAUUCACUUGACUUGGACGGUUGUCCAAUAACCGAUUUGGGCUUAGACUUUGUAUUACCUGGCUAUGCCAAUAUUGAAUUGUGUCGCGGUGGACGUGAUACGCCCGUAACAAUACACAAUCUGCAUCAGUACAUCUCAUUGGUGACGUAUUGGUUCUUGGUCGAAGGCGUUCAGAAACAAUUUGAGGCAUUGCGAGAAGGUUUCGACUCGGUAUUCUCAACGCAGCGUUUACGCAUGUUUUAUCCCGAAGAAUUGGAGAAUGUCUUCUGCGGUUCUGGUGCUACCAACUAUCAACGUUGGGAGAUUAAAAUGCUACAAGACUGUUGCCGUACCGAUCAUGGUUUUACACAGGACUCACAAGCCAUACAAUAUCUAUAUGAUAUACUCUCUUCGUACAAUCGUGAUGAGCAACGAUUAUUUUUACAAUUCGUUACUGGUUCGCCGCGCUUGCCAACAGGCGGCUUCAAGUCACUAACACCACAAUUAACAAUUGUGCGUAAAACAUUUGACGGUAAUCAAAAUCCAAAUGAUUAUUUGCCAUCGGUAAUGACUUGUGUGAACUAUUUAAAAUUACCCGAUUACUCAAGUCGGGAAGUGAUGCGGCAGAAACUCAAAGUUGCCGCCAAUGAGGGCAGUAUGUCGUUCCAUUUAUCAUAA